AUGUUUUGCCGUGAUUACAACUUCGCCCAUAGGUGGGAUUAUGGUAUUGAAGGUGAAUUUGUAAGAUUUCUGACAUCUGAAUCUUCGAGAAGAUCAUUUUGGGUAAAUAUCCGUGUUUUUAACGCAAAAAGGAUAUGGACAAGUGGUAAAGAGCCUAUUGCAUGGGGCCUAGUUGAAAAUAUCCAGUUACCCGCUACAGGCGAAGAAGCAAUGGAGCGAAUACUGAAAUGUCGUGGUCGUGAUGCUUACGUUAUCUUGGGAUUGAGAGCCGAUUGCACCGACGAUGAUAUUAAGCGGUAUUUUAAAAGGCAGGCAGUCUUAGUGCAUCCUGACAAGAAUCCUCUAAUUGGAGCGGAUGAAUCCUUCAAAAUUCUAUCGAAGGCUUUUGAAGCGAUUGGUACGCCGGAUGCCCGAGCGAAAUACAAUAUGCAAAGGAGCCCACUGCAUAAGGAGAUGGAAGAAUUAUGGGAGCGUUUGCGCGAGAAAAUGAAUGAGGCCAGAAAUACAAUGUAUUGUGAUUGUGGCAUGAAACAUAGCCGAGUUCCAGUGGAAAGUAUUCGUCUAUCGGAAGCACGUUAUUGCAAAAAGUGCGAACUUCGGCAUCCUGCAAAGCAUCAUAAGGAGAUGGAAGAAUUAUGGGAGCGUUUGCGCGAGAAAAUGAAUGAGGCCAGAAAUACAAUGUAUUGUGAUUGUGGCAUGAAACAUAGCCGAGUUCCAGUGGAAAGUAUUCGUCUAUCGGAAGCACGUUAUUGCAAAAAGUGCGAACUUCGGCAUCCUGCGAAGCAUAAUGAUAUUUGGGCAGAAACUAGAUUUUUUGGCUUAUUUUGGGUCUAUUACACAUGCCAGUAUGGUACUGUUUAUGACAUAACGCAGUGGGCUAAGUGUCCGAAUGUUUCAAUAUGCCGAACUCCAUCGAUUGGAGCUAAAUUUACGAACAUUGGAGAGCUCUCGUUUUUAGUUCAGUUGGUGCGGGGUGUUAGAAACGAUACUGGGCUCGAUGAAGGUUGA